AUGUUGCACAUUACGGUGAUUGUCGGUUUAGUUGCCGUGGUCCUUGCGGAGCCACCUAUUAGCAGUUACUCGGUCGGAGGAGGAUCUAGGGAUACAGCAGCUUACGAGUACCUCGAUAGCAUCACAAAUGGGAACUUCUUGGGUGGGAAAGUCAACAUCGCUGAUGUAGGAGAGGACCAAUUCGGUGGAUAUCCAAGCGCGACAACUUACGGCCAGGGAAAAUACGUAGCUGACAGUGGAGGUCACGAGAGCAUCGAAAGUCUUGGAAACGGCUACUCCUCUAGUGGAUAUUCCAGUAGUGGUUAUGGUGGUGGAUAUGGAGGUCAGGGAAGUCACGGUACCAGCGACAGCUACGACAGUGGAACCGGAAGUUCCUACCCAGCGAGCAGUCACGGAGAAUACAAGUACAGUGGAUAUUCAGGUGAUAGCAGCCCGGUGAAAUCUGGACAUCCCGGAUACUCUGGAGGAAGCUACAUAGGGUCCAGUCAAGGUGGAUUCUCGGGAAUCGAGCAUGGUCCUUCUUACUCCCCGUCUUACUCAUCGGGACCAACUGCUAAUUACGUAGUGACCGGCUACAAGGGAAAUAAGCAUGUAGCGAGUAGAGAAAUUCCUCACGGAAGUGGUAGGUACUCUUCCGGUGUGGCAUACUUGUCGAGCCAAAGUCAAGGCCCUGGCAGCACUUACUCCACCAGCAAUUACAUCCCACACUCGACCGGAUAUCCGACAAAAUCUCAAGGAGCCUACUUUUUGGGCGGACCAGGAAGUGGAGCAGGUGGAAGUCACAGAGGACCCGGCUAUGCCUCUUCCUACUCGUCAGGUCCGAGCUCUGGUUACAUGAUAAAAAGCCAUGGAGCGGGGCAUCCCGAAGGUAGCGGUAUCGGAAACGGAAAAGUCAUUUUCAUAAAAAGUACUAGUGGCGGUGGCCACGGAGGUAGACCGAGUUACUCCAGUGGACCGAGUUACUCCAGUGGACCGAGUUAUUCCAGUGGACAGACUUAUUCUAAUGGACCAAGUUAUUCCGGGGGAGUAAACUACUCCAGUGGACCGUAUGUUAGCAGAGCUAAUUACAAGAGCAAAGGCGGCCCCCAAGGAGGACACAGUGUCAGCUAUUCUCAAGGUAUUAGUAGCUCGGCCAGUAGUCCUUAUGUAAGUAGAUACUCGCCAGAAGUUUACAGCGGUACCGGGAAGUUUGGUCAAGGUAGCUCUUACUCCGCAUACAUGUAA